AAUCGCAACUUCCAAACUCCAAACAACCCACAAUCACACAAACUAAUCGUUUUAUUUUACAAUCCAUCAAAUUUCCUGCAUAACUUCCAAACAACCUCUAGUUCUCUUUUUGUUACCCAAUUUACCGUUUCAUUAUUUUGUCGUUUGUGCCAACCGUUCUUCACCCACUCUUUCCCCACUUUCUCCUAUCGUCCUUGCUUAACUUUUCUAAUCUUUUAUUUUCCCGGGAACCCGCGAGUACAGCUGUUCCGAUUGCCGCUUCGAACAACCGCCGAUAUGAACAAUUAUGGCAGAGCAGAAGUCACUUUCGAUUUCGGCUUCAUCUCCCCGAUAGGCUCAGAAUCGAAAGCGCUAUCAGCGAAUGUUGUCUGCUACUGACUUCGCAGUUCAGGGCUUCAGGCUGGGGGAGCAAACAUGCAUAUGGAUGGCAGGAAGGUUUGCCGGCGAACAAAUUUGUUGCCGAGAUUCUGCAGCUGGACCUGGAUUUUGGGGGCUCUUUCAUCCCUACUGGUACUCUUCCCUGUCAAUUCUUUGUUUAGGUUAAUGGGUUCUCUCAAAGGUUGGUUGUGGACUUGUGGUUGUCGGCGCCAGCCAGGCAGCCAGCCUUAGAGGCCUUUCUGUCACUAUCUGUCGGUAUUGUCUGUAUCCCAACCAUGAUUCUCCCCCUUUUCCCCCAUUAUUUAUUUACUCCGCCGCUCUAUUCUUUACCAACUCUACUGUAUUUUAAGCACUUGAAGACAGUCUCUGGAGAUUGAUUCAAUCUAAGUUCAAUGAGUGAAGGAAUAGCAUUAUCAAAGCAAUCAAAACUGUUGCAAGCUGGAAGAAAUUAUAUAUACUUACCAUUUCCCUGCCUGACUUCCUUUUCCAGCCCACAGUUCCUUCCUUCCAGUGGCAUAACAACAAGGCAGAAUGAACGGAAGACCCCCACCACCACCACCUCACCCCACCCAUUAAACAGAUAAACCCCACACAGCACCGCACACCCAUUUCGCUUUCUUUUUUUUGUGUGGGUUGGUUUGAUUGAUUUAUUUGCUUUUGUUUCACAUUCAUUGGCUUUCUUUCUUCCUUUUCUCUCAACUCAACUCAACUCAGCUGAUAGCCUCUCUCCAGUCAAGUCUCAUUAGGCCUUUCUGAUUUUCAUACUGCAUUGCAUCUGGGAAAUGCGGCUGAAUUAAUUAUUCUUCUGCUUCAGUUGUCGCCUUCUCAAGCUCUAACUUACUUUCUCAUUGAAGAUCGAUCGAACCCAUCCGUCAGCCCAAUAUUUGCUCUGCUUGCUUACUUCCCUAUUCAGGUUCCUUCCUUCCUCAAUUCACCUACAUCUCUUAAAGCUUGAUUCUUUUGGUCCUUCUUCAUGCUUGCUGACAUAGAUAGAGAUGGGAUAUGGCAAUGCAUCUGUAUUGUAGUUUAACCUCUCUCCCAGAUACCAUGUACCACUUAGCAUUCCUUUUCCAGCUCUAACUUCCAAUUCUCCUCCUGCCUUGCCCUUUUGCUCUCUUAUCUAAUAAUCCUUUUUGCUCUUCUUUUAAUGCAGCUUCAAUCAAUGUUCGUUGCUGGUUAGUUGAUUUUGGAUUCUGUAGUGGGAAACUGGAUUCCCGUACCAUAUGUCAAAGACUCUUGCAAUCACCCUAGGUGGUGUUGCAGGAGCCGUGGCAUUGGUUGGGGUAAUAACAUUUUUCAUAUGGUGCUACUGCUGCAAAAACAAGAGUGUCUCCAGAACCUCCGAGACUGGAUCUUCUGACCAAUCUGUUCAAGCGGGAAGACAUGUUGGGGUUGAGCUGUCUGUACCAGAGGCAAAGAGGUUUGACAUGGAAGAGUUGUCUCUGGCCACCAAGAAUUUCAGCCACCAGAACUUGAUUGGUGUUGGCAAAUUUGGUGAGGUAUACAAGGGUCUGCUCAACAAUGGGAUGCUUGUUGCUGUGAAGAGCCGAUUUGGAGCUCCUACUCAAGAAUUUGUGGAUGAGGCACGGUAUCUUUCAGCCAUCCAACAUCGGAAUAUCGUGACUCUGUUUGGAUAUUGCCAAGAGAACAACAUGCAGUUCCUCGUCUAUGAAUAUGUACCUAAUGGGAGCGUUUCCAGUCACUUGUAUGGGCUAGGUCAAGUAUCAGAUGGGCAGCUGGAAUUCAAGCAUAGACUUGCAAUAGCUAUAGGGGCAGCUAAAGGUCUUGCUUAUCUUCAUGCUCUGAGACCUCGAUUAGUGCAUAAGAACUUCAAGACUACAAAUGUGCUGGUGGAUGAGAAUUUCAUAGCCAAGGUAGCAGAUGCAGGGCUUCGUAAUUUCCUGGGAAGAGGAGGUGAGGGUGGAGCGGGCCCUUCAACACAAGUGGCAGUUGACGAGAUAUAUCUUGCUCCAGAGGUGAGGGAGUUCAGGCAAUUCUCGGAGAAGAGUGAUGUGUACAGUUUCGGUGUGUUUGUGGUGGAGUUGAUCAGUGGAAAGGAAGCAUCAGACCAGAACAUGGCAGAAUGGGUACAAAGCAGUGUCGAGGGAGGCAUCAGCAGCCGAAUGGUUGAUGAGAGGUUGGGGAGCAGCUUCACGUCGGAAGGAAUGGAGGAGCUGAUGGGUUUGGCGAUUCGUUGUCUGGAAGGGUCAAGCGAGAGGCGGCCAGCAAUGAGCUACGUGGUGAUGGAGCUUGACCGGAUCCUGGAGAAAGAGAUGAAGGUCAGUACGGGGAUGGGGGAAGGUGCUGCCCCAACUGUGACUCUGGGUAGCCAGUUAUUCAGGCCUUCCCAAUAGAGAUCAAUGCAAUGCAUAUAGAAUCUGAGUUUUUUUCAGUGUGGGGAACAUAGGGUGGAGUGUGUGUAUUUAUUUUUCUUUCUCUGUGAUUAAAAGUUGUUUACUUCUUUAAAAUGAGAGGGUGGAUACAGGAGGAGAUCAGAAAAGACUACUGAGAGUAGCUGUUUGAUUAAUGGCAAUUGUAUAAAGAAGAGAAGAGAACAGCUGCUGCAUACAUUGUUGUCAUUACUAUUCUUUUUCAUCUUUUGGUGGUUUGGGGGAAAAAGAGAGGAUUUAUAUGGAGGGGGAUGUGUUCAUUUGUUGUAAAAUCAAAUAAUUUAAUCAUUAUUAAUGCUAAUUCGGUUGUUAUUGUCAAUUGCUUCAGUCUCAGACUGUGUGAAUGAGAAAGAAAGCUGAAAUUGUGUA